AAAGGAGCAACAAAAGAUGGGUACCAUAGAGACACCUUGUUCGUGUAGUGAACUGCUUAACUUCAUACUCCAUGAUACUAUUUCUGAAACCCAUUAUGAAAUCACCACCUUGUUCCCACCUCCCACCAUUCCAUCAUAUACUUCGCCACCUGAAUCAGACCAAAAGCUAGUAGAAAAAAGUGGGAAGAAAAACAUUAAAAAAAACAAGAAGAAGAAGAAGAGGGCAGUUUGUAAAACCAAACAAGAAGCAGAGUGUCAAAGAAUGACCCACAUUACUGUUGAAAGAAACCGCCGGAAACUAAUGAACCAACAUCUUGGUGUCUUAAGGUCCCUCUUGCCGGAAUCUUAUAUUCAAAGGGUAACAUUUCAGGGUGAUCAAGCAUCAAUAGUUGGUGGUGCAAUAGAAUUUGUAAAGGAGCUUGAACACCAUUUACAAUCUCUUGAAGCUCAAAAGUUCCUCUCAGCUCAACAACAAGAACAAAAGCCAGUCAUUCAUGACCAAAAUAGUACUUUUAACACUAACCCAACCAAGGAGUGUGAAAUACCACAAUUGCCCCAAUAUUUUCAAAAACUUUUUUCUUACCCACAAUACACAUGGUCUCAAUCUUUCAACAACAAUACUUCAAAGAGCAAGGGAGCAAUGGCUGAUAUUGAGGUCAAUUUGGUGCAAACACAUGCUAAUCUUCGAAUCCUGUCACGAAAACGUCUAAAUCAUCUCUCGAAAUUUGUUGGUUUCUUGCAAACGUGUUACCUCUCCGUACUACACCUCAAUGUCACCACGUUGGACCCAUCAGUGCUCUACUCCGUUAGUCUUAAGAUGGAAGAAGAAUGCUGGCUGAAAUCUGCAGAUGAGAUAGCAGGUGUAGUCCAUCAUAUACUUGGACUUGUUGAAGAGGAAGCUGACUUAUGUAUUGAUUACAAAAAUGAAAAGUGGCUGCAUGUUUACUAAUUUACCCCUGCAGACUGGGUUAUAUAUACUACAAUGUGAAUACCAUCCCUUCCAUGGUAAAUUGUCAUCAUUUUGAUGUACAAUUUUAGUUAAUUAAGAUGUAUUUUUUCAAGUUGGCAUGAAUGAUUGAGUAAUAUUUAUCGACUUAAAGCGGGCAAGAAUAAUAGAAGGUAGGAUAAGUUGCCACAAGCCCACAACUAAUUCUGUGUAAGAUAAACCGGCUGGAUGGUCAACUUCCACUAAAGUGAGUCUAGUAGUCAACCAUCAAGAUGUUUUCACAAUGUCGAACCUCAUUAGGUAAGCAUCUUGAUGAUGACCAGAGAUAAUAUUCGAACAGGUUAUGCCGUGUACAUUAGAGUACAGACUUGUCUUUUCCAGUUACCUUGAACAGGGAAAAUACCCUCAGUUUAUAAAAGGAAUGAUCUAUAGCAAUUUUCAUAAUU